GGGGCCAAAGUACAAAGGGAGGAGGAAGAAGGGAACGGGGUCGGAGCUGUGGGGCCAGAGACACCAGGGCCAAGAAGAGACAGCUUCAGGUCAACGGGGAACUCUCCCUCCACAUUCUGGAUAAAGACCCACGGGAAUCCAGGCACUGCCCCUGGCAGGCCCCACCUUACACUUGGCUGGCGCCAGGGCCAGCCUCCUAGGACUACUCCGGGACCCAGGGACGCUCAGGCCCCUCCAAUGCAGCCAUGGUGAGACUCAGGAGGCCCCAGGGCCCCACCCCUCCAGCCUGACCACGCUGCUGUAGGUGCCGUGCUCUAGAAGCCCGAGAUGCGGGGGGCCGGGAGGCGACACUCCUGGCUCCCCAGAGAGGCGUGGGUCUGGGGCUGAGGGCCAGAGCCCGGAUGCCCAGGUUCUGGCACUAAGGCUUCACCGGCCAGCAGGGGUGGGGACCACGGGCACCCAGAGAAGACCGCCCGCACAUUCCAACGCGAGCUCUUGGCCAUGGAGCCCUUGAAGAACCUCUUCCUCAAGAGCCCUCUGGGAUCAUGGAACGGCAGUGGCAGUGGGGGAACAGGGGGAGGUGGUGGAGCCCGGCCAGAGGGGUCCCCAAAGGCGGCUGCUUAUGCCAACCCUGUGUGGACAGCCCUGUUUGACUAUGAGCCCAGUGGGCAGGAUGAGCUGGCCCUGAGGAAGGGUGACCGUGUCGAGGUGCUGUCUCGGGAUGCAGCCAUCUCAGGAGAUGAGGGCUGGUGGGCGGGCCAGGUGGGCGGCCAGGUGGGCAUCUUUCCAUCCAACUAUGUGUCUCGGGGUGGCGGCCCGCCCCCCUGCGAGGUGGCCAGCUUCCAGGAGCUGCGACUGGAAGAGGUGAUAGGCAUUGGUGGCUUCGGCAAGGUCUACCGUGGCAGCUGGAGAGGGGAGCUGGUGGCUGUGAAGGCAGCUCGCCAGGACCCUGAUGAGGACAUCAGUGUGACAGCUGAGAGUGUUCGCCAGGAAGCCCGGCUUUUCGCCAUGCUGGCACAUCCUAACAUCAUUGCCCUCAAAGCUGUGUGUUUGGAGGAGCCGAACCUAUGCUUGGUGAUGGAGUAUGCAGCUGGGGGGCCCCUCAGCCGUGCCCUGGCUGGGCGGCGCGUGCCCCCCCACGUGCUGGUCAACUGGGCCGUGCAGAUCGCCCGUGGGAUGCACUACCUGCACUGUGAGGCCCUGGUGCCUGUCAUCCACCGUGACCUCAAGUCCAACAACAUUCUGCUGCUGCACCCUAUUGAGGGUGAUGACAUGGAGCACAAAACCCUGAAGAUCACUGACUUUGGCCUGGCCAGAGAGUGGCACAAAACCACGCAGAUGAGCGCCGCGGGCACCUAUGCUUGGAUGGCUCCUGAAGUUAUCAAGGCUUCCACCUUCUCUAAGGGCAGCGACGUUUGGAGCUUUGGGGUGCUGCUGUGGGAAUUGCUGACUGGCGAGGUCCCCUACCGUGGUAUCGACUGUCUUGCUGUGGCCUACGGUGUGGCUGUUAACAAGCUCACACUACCCAUCCCAUCCACCUGCCCCGAGCCCUUCGCACAGCUCAUGGCCGACUGCUGGGCACAGGACCCCCACCGUAGGCCCGACUUCGCCUCCAUCCUGCAGCAGCUGGAGGCGCUAGAGGCGCAGGUCCUACGGGAAAUGCCGCGGGACUCCUUCCACUCCAUGCAAGAAGGCUGGAAACGCGAGAUCCAAGACCUCUUUGACGAGCUGCGGGCCAAGGAAAAGGAACUACUGAGCCGAGAGGAGGAGCUGACACGCGCGGCGCGCGAGCAGCGGUCACAGGCGGAGCAGCUGCGGCGGCGCGAGCACCUGCUGGCCCAGUGGGAACUGGAGGUGUUCGAGCGCGAGCUGACGCUGAUGCUGCAGCAGGUGGACCGCGAACGGCCGCACGUGCGCCGCCGCCGCGGCACCUUCAAGCGCAGCAAACUCCGGGCUCGCGACGGCGGCGAGCGCAUCAGUAUGCCCCUCGACUUCAAGCACCGCAUCACCGUGCAGGCCUCACCUGCCCUGGACCGGAGGAGAAACGUCUUCGAGGUUGGGGCUGGGGACUCUCCCACCUUCCCCCGGCUCCGAGCCAUCCAGUUGGAGCCUGCAGAGCCAGGCCAGGCAUGGGGCCGCCAGUCCCCUCGACAUCUGGAGGACUCAAGUAAUGGAGAACGUCGAGCAUGCUGGGCCUGGGGUCCCAGUUCUCCCAAGCCUGGGGAGGCCCAGAAUGGGAGGAGAAGGUCCCGCAUGGAUGAAGCCACCUGGUACCUGGACUCAAAUGACUCAUCCCCUGUAGGCUCUCCUUCCACACCCCCAACACUCAAUGGUAACCCCCCUCGGCCUACCCCAGAUCCUGAGGAGUCACGGAAGCCCGGACCCACAGAGCGGGGCAGCAGCUCUGGGACCCCCAAGCUGAUCCAGCGGGCGCUGCUGCGCGGCACUGCCCUGCUCGCCUCACUGGGCCUCGGCCGUGAUCUGCAGCCCCCGGGGGGUCUGGGCCGUGAACGUGGAGAGCCCCCACUAGCGCCCCCCACACCAGCACCAGCAAUGUGCCCUGCCACCACCGAGCCACCCCCCACCCCCCUCAUCCACCUCUCCCCCAAGAUGCCCAAUGCCCGUGACCCGCUCACGCCUGUGCCGCUGCUGCUGGACCUGGGCAUCCCUGCUGGCCAGCCGUCUGCCAAGAGCCCCCGGCGGGAGGAGACGCGCGGAGGCACCGUCUCACCCCCACCAGGAAUAUCACGCUCCGCUCCUGGCACCCCAGGCACCCCACGCUCACCACCUCUGGGCCUCAUCAGCCGACCUCGGCCCUCUCCUCUCCGCAGCCGCAUCGACCCCUGGAGCUUUGUGUCAGCUGGCCCACGGCCUUCACCUCUGCCCUCACCACAGCCUGCACCCAGACGGGCACCGUGGACCUUGUUCCCAGAUUCAGAUCCCUUCUGGGACUCCCCACCUCCCAACCCCUUCCAGGGAGGGCCCCAGGACUGCAGGGCGCAGACCAAAGACGUGGGUGCCCAGGCCCCGUGGGCACCAGAGGCCGGACCUUGAGUGGGCCAGGCCACUCCUCCAUGCUCCAGCUGCCUUAGAGGAGCCACAGCAUACACUGGAACAGGAGCCAGGCAGGCCUCUGUAGCUGCCUCUGUUUCCCCCAGGGACCCCCCGCCUCAGGGGGCGGUCAGGAACACUACACUGCACAGGAAGCCUUCACACUGGAUGGGGGCCCAUGCCCCUUACACACACCUGUGACCUGUAGGUCCCCUUGACUUACCUGCCCCGCUGGGGCCUGACACUGUACUCAGCUGGUUGAGAGGACCAGAGCCUGUCUCAGGGAAUCGCCCCCAGGGGUGGUGCAGGGAGGAAGGGAGGUGCAGGGGAGAGGGGCCGGCCUCAGCUGUCACCAGCACUUUUGACCAUGUCCUGCUACUGUGGCCCCUACCCCAGGGCUUAGUGCCUGGACCCCCCACCGCCCUUGGGGUCAUGGGAGCCAGGGCUCUCUGGGUACCUUCCUGCUGUCCCAGCCAAGGUUGGGCCUUGGUGUUGGGAUCCAAUGAAGCCAAAUAAACUUGUAAACUGUCUCCCCAAA